AUGCGUGCUAUAAAACACCAAUGUCAGUGCGCACAUCUAAACUCCUACAAACCUGGAAUCCUGCAGUUCAGGAAACCAGAACACGAGAAUCUCGAAAAACGACAAGAACAAGGCAGGCCACGGAAUCAAAAGUCAACCCCCGAUCAGUCUGAUUCAGAAGAAGUCCAGACUCCGUCCAGCAGCAAAGUGUAUCCAGUGCUAAGCUUCCUGAGCUGCGAGACGUACGACUUUAGCGUGGACAGCGUGCCCGAUAGCCCGAGCCGAGAUGCCAGUCAGUUCAGCGAUGUUUACAGGCUGCCCAGCGGGUGGACUGAUGAAGAACAAGAAUCUCCAGUACAACCUAACAUUGUUGUAGUGCAAACACUAGAAGGCCAAUCACUUUUUACCAGAGGUUGUGACAAUGGUAAUACAGACGUAAGCCAAACACAGGAUACCAGACCAGUUUCGGCCGGAAUCGUGGAAUUAGUUAAAGAUGCAAGUGGUAGGACGUUGCUAAAAUCGACCGAUCAGGGGUCAAAAAUUGUCUUAAAUAAAAGUAGAGUAGAAAAUGUAGAAAGUACAACGGAUCAAAGAGAUAUCAGAGAAAUAGAAGACACAUCUAAUGAACGAAACGUAGAAAAAAUAGAUGAUAAAACAAACGACAUUUAUUUAGGAGAAGAAGACACAUCCAAUCAAGUACAUUUAGAAGAAGAAACCGUAAUAUAUCAAAGAGACGUAGAAGACAUAACAAAUAAAAGCAAUGAAGACGUAGACAUCACAGCGAAUGAAAAAAAUGUAAGCAAUUUUGAAAAUACAAAGGACCAACUAGAACAGACUAGCUUUUCCAAUGUUCUAAGUCAAACAUUCGACAUCGAAGAAGAAAGUCAAUCGACUAUUUAUUCAACAAUUAGUAACACAGAGGAAACGUCAACGAUUAAUGCAUCUGACCCCGAAAUGUCUGUUAGUGAAUUUACAAUAAUUAAUAUUGUAGUUGAACUAAAAUCACAUGGUGAUGCAAAUGAGAAUCUUCAAACGGCUACUAAUAAUCCGAAUCCAGGUAUCGAUUCUCAAGAACAAUUGGAUCUCCCAGUUUUACCUGUUGCUAUGAAGCUAGAAACUACUGGCAAUAAACAAUUGUUCUUGUAUCAACAAAGCACAGCUAAAGGUUCUCUAACAAAUAAUAACUUUGAAGAAUUACAGUUAGAAGAUACACAACAUCAAAGUAUUUCUAAAUAUAACGAUAAAGAUAAAAAAAUAACUGAAAAUAUAUCAGAAAAAUAUAGUCUAACAGUGAUGGAAGAAAAAACCGUACAACCUAAUGUUAGAACAGCUGUCAAUGCAACAGUUGAAGAAAUAGAACAAAUACAAGAAGUUAUCCAGCAUAACCAGUUAUUUCCGGACAUUAUCGUAAAGAAUAUUGCAGGACAAGCAGUGGAACUAAAAUCAAAUUCAAUAGAACAAACAAUAAAUACAUCCAGACUUCCAAAUACAUCCAGAGAUUCAGAUAUUUUAAUAGCAGCAAACCCAAUCAUACAAAAAAUAAAUACAGAAGAGCUUGGCAAACUUCAGGAAACACAAGAAAACUGGAAACAUGAUGAAGGGUCACCAAAACAAAUAAUUAAAAUAGUAACUUCAGCAGAAUCAAUGUCAAAUUUAGAAAAGAAUUCUGAGGUUAUAACACAUGAAAGUGUUACUGAUAAUGUCGAUGUCGAAGCAAAAUCGUCAGAAUCAGUAGCAAUUACAGACACUAUUAUAACUGAAGAAGAACUUUAUGCACUACUAGUCCAUAAAAGUGUGAUAGAAGAUAACUUACAUAAUAUUCCUGAAGACAAGCUUAUUGAAACAACGAAACACAUUGACGAAGCCAAUGUGAAGUCUUGUGAAACAAUUGAGUCGGAAAAUCCACAAUAUAAAACUCUUAACGAUGAAGAGAAAAUAGUCGCAAUACAAAUGAAGGUACUCCCAAAGCUUGUAAGCAAUUUAAAAUGCACAGAAACAACAUUAUGUAAGACUUUUGAAGAGAUGAAAUUGAGCGAGCAAAUAAAUCAAACCAGUUUUCAUGUUAUGAGCAAUGUUCUUUCUAAAGCAGGAACGGAACAACCCGUCAAAGGAAAAGUUUCUCCUAACGGUCCCAGAAUAGAAGAACGAGAAGAAUCAAUAAUUGUAGCGCAACCAGCUUACACUAACAUUUGCAAAUCUCUAAAGAUUAUUCCUGAUACAUCAAAAGUAAACAUUGAAAAGCACCAUUCUCUUAUAACGCUUAAUGUCGAAAGUGACAGGCCAAGUCUGAAUUGGAGUACUGUGGUUGUGCCCGUGAAGGGAGAUCCGGUCGCAAAAAAUCCUCCUCCUCAAGACUAUGAUCCGCGAGGCUAUCCACCUCAAGGUUACCCACCUCAAGGCUACCCACCACAAGGGGGCUAUCCCCCCCAACCUGGGGUCGGGGACCCCUACCAGCCAGGCUACCCGCAAAACUACCCGCAGGCAGGGUACCCGGCUCCAGGCGCCUACCCGGCUCCACCCGGCUACCCCCCAGGUCCCCAAGCUUACCCACCUCAAGGGCAGCAGAACGCGACGUCGCCAGUCGCAGGCGGCUGCCUGGCGGGCUGUCUGGGCUGCCUGGCCGCGACCAUAUGCUCUUGCUGCGCCACUUGUCUACUCGGACUUUGCGCUGGCGGCGGCGGCGGCGGCGGGGGGUACGGGGGCGGACAUCCGGGGGAUCCCGGCUAUAAUGCGCCGGGGACGAUGCCAGGAGCACCAGGCCCCGGAUUGGGUGGAACAGGAGUGCCAGGAACUGGGACACCGAUGGAUCAACCGUGGCAAGGAACGGGGGCGGCCGCGCCAGGAGUGCCAGCAACUGGGACACCGAUGGACCAACCGUGGCAAAACACGGGGACGGCCGCCUCCCCACCAGGGGCUGUUUCGCCGAUGGACCAACCGUGGCACACACCGCAGCAAACACCGGAUCAGAGCCAUUACGGUAUAUACUCGUAUUUCUACAUAACAUAA